AUGUCGCGAUUCAUCAGUCAACUUGCUUGUCGUUUUCAUCCAGAAGCGUCAUUAAUUGAAGACAGUCGAGCAGGUGAUAUGAUAUGUCCCGAAUGUGGUCUCGUCGUAGCUGAUCGUAUCAUUGAUGUAAGCUCAGAAUGGCGAACAUUCUCAGAUGAUACUAAUUCAUGGGGAAAUUCCCGUGUUGGUGCCGCUGAAAACCAUCUUUUAGGUAGCACAAAUCUUGAAACAAUGAUGUUUUCAUGCAAAGGCACAAAUACAAUACAACAACCACGACAGAUAUCGACCACUGAUCGGGCAUUGAAAAGAGGUUAUGACGUAACUCGUAUGAUGGCUGGUCGUCUACAUUUACAAAAGAGAGUUGUCGAUUAUGCAUGUGAAUGCUUUCGACAAUGCUAUGAAUCAAAAUGUGUACGAGGAUAUAGUGAAAAUGCGAUCGUUGCAGCAUGCAUUUAUAUAGCUUGUCGUAAGGAAGGUGCUGACCGUUCAUUGAAAGAAAUCUAUCCCGUUUCUCAAGCGUCGAAAACGGAAAUUGGUCGAUGUUUCAGUAAAAUUAUGAAAGGUUUAUCUGAAGCAAAUCGACUAAGAGGAAUCGAUGUCACGAAUUUAAUACCAAGAUUCUGUAAUAAUCUUAAUCUUGAUCUUACACAAGAGAUGCACGUUCGAAAAGCGUCGAUUUAUAUUGUCGAGCGCGCAAAAGACCUUUGUGAUAUUCAAAGUCGAGCUCCUAGUUCGGUCGCAGCUGCAUCAAUCUAUUUAGCUUGCUUGGCGAUGGAUGAACGAAAAACAUUAAAUGAUAUCGAACAAGUAACCGAUGUUAAGGCAAGUACUAUUCGACAAGUCUAUAAAAUCUUGCGGCAGCAUGCAACCGAUUUGUUUCCAUCCGACUUUGUUUUCCAAUGUCCGCCGGCUAAUUUACCAAAAUCAUGA